AUGUCUACUUCCGCCCCCAGCGCGUCCCCCUCCAUUUCUGACCUCAAAUCCACACCCCAAGAACAACAAUUGACCGUUAGCGAAGGGAAAGCCACUCCACGAGCACACGGUGCAGGCUUUAGAGAUGUAGAGGAAGCAAUAAGCCUCCCGCACAACAAUAUGGUGCUCGUCAUGGCCGGCCUCUUCAUCACUAUGUUUCUUUCGAGUUUGGACAACACCAUCGUAACGACGGCGCUCCCGACUAUUUCAGCAGAACUUCAUGGAACUGCAAGCGACUAUAGCUGGACUGGCGUUUCCUAUAUGCUAGCGUCUGGCGCCUUUGUUCCAUUGUGGGGUAAACUAAGUGAUGUCACCGGCAGAAAGGCUAUCCUAUAUCCCUCAAUAGUCGUCUUUCUUCUGGGAUCGGGAUUGUGUGGUGCUGCUAAGUCAAUGCCGUGGCUUAUCGCAUGUCGGGCAGUCCAAGGUAUAGGUGGGGGUGGUAUAGUUAUCAUGGUACAAGUCACCAUCUCCGAUAUCGUCACCCUGCGAGAUAGAGGUAAAUAUUCUGCGGUGAUCGGUGGUUGCUGGGGCAUUGCAAACGUUCUUGGCCCCAUCCUAGGCGGGAUCUUGACAGAGAAGGCGAGCUGGAGGUGGUGUUUCUGGAUUAAUCUCCCAACCGGAGGAAUCGCCGGGAUCAUGCUACUAUUUUUAAACCUGAACCCUGUCAAGAAGAUGACUUUGCGAGAGUUUUUCGCGCGGUUCGACUUUUUGGGCAUAUUCCUCCUCAUGUCUGGAACUGCUCUGUUUUUAGCAGGACUCUCGAUUGCCGCAGACAAUGGAUUUGGAGAACCUUCAACCGUAGCACUGGUUGUUGUUGGCUUAAUUUUGUUGUUGGUUGCGGGUGUCGUGGAAGGGCGCACAACGCGGAUGGCUGUGAUUCCGCCCAGACUAUUCAAGACACGAACAACUUUAGCGCUCUUCGGCCUCACUUAUCUUCAUGCGAUUGGUUUCAUCUGCACGACAUUCUAUCUUCCCGUCGUUUUCCAAGGCGUCGAUGGAGACAGCACUCUCCUCAGCGGCAUCAAAAUGUUUCCUGUCGCGCUUGGCGGCUCAUUUACAACCAUCCUCGUUGGCCCUCUUGUGACCAAAACCAAGAGUACACGGCCGUUCAUAUGGACGGGAACCGUAAUGAUGGCUGUUGGGGCGGGCUUGUUAAUCACGCUCUCAGAAUCGUCGCCUCUCGGGCAUGAGAUGGGGUUCACGUUGUUGCAGGGUAUGGGCACAGGAUUGCUAUUCCAACCGCCUUUGAUCGCGCUGCAAGCCGCCAUGCCCCUCAAAGACAUGGCUGCUUGUACUGGUGCAUUUUAUCUGGUCCGAACUCUCGGAAUCACAUCAGGCAUCUCCAUGGGAGGUGUUGCCUUCCAGACCCAACUUAGUCACCGUCUCCGACGGAUACCUGGCUUUGCAGAAACCGCAAUGGCAAGGAGCAUCCUUGAGGGAAACUAUAAAGAUAUCAAGGACAUUACGCCACCAGACCUGAAGCUUCAGGUCACCGUAGCUCUGUCACGGUCGCUGAGGACGAUUUUCAUCUUCUUGACACCGGUUGCGUGCGUCACUGUUUUGCUGUCGCUCAUGAUACGGCACUACAGCUUGGAAAGGAAUUUUGUUCGCACUUCGAAGGGUGAUGCGACUCCUGAUGCUGAAAAGACCAUUGCGCCGGUCGAAGACAUGAAUGUCCUCGAAAAAUAG